AUGUCGACAACAGAGGUUGCACCUGAAACUGAGGGAGCGAAUCUCCUGAGAAGGAAUUCAGAUGAUGUGGGAUGGGAAUAUGGGGUUUUUGUUGAUGCUAACAACAAGGACAAGGUGAAGUGCAAACUCUGUGACAAGGUGAUGCAAGGAGGGAUUUAUCGGUUGAAGCAACAAGUGGCCCAUGAAGGAAAGAAUGCGACGAAAUGCAAGGCCAGAACACCGGAGGCUCUGGAGGCUAAAGAGAAGUGCAAGAAAGCACUAAAUGAUGCAAAAAGGAAGAGGGAGGAGAAGCCUGUUCAUGAGCUAGAACUUAGAGAGGAAGUGAAUGUUUCUCGGGUUGGAGGUGGAGAGUCAGAGGAAGUCACUUGUAUUGGAAGUUCAGAGCCUCACAAAUUAGGACCCAUUGACAAAUGGACGCGUGCUAUUGAUCCAAAAGCAACCAAAUCUGAAUCUUUCACUCAACAGAAGCUGAACAAGGAGCUUUGGAAAGAAAGAACACAUGAGGUGCAUAAAUAUAUUGCAAGAUGGGUCUAUACACAUGUUUUAUCAGCUCAAAAGAGAUGUCAGAAUAGAGAAGGACCAUUUAACAAGAAGCUUGCAAGGACUUUUGAAAACUUUGAUUACAACCCAGGUAGAGCAUCAUGGUGGCGGCUGUAUGGAACUGAAACACCAGCUUUACAGAAGAUGGCUACAAGGAUCCUAUCUUUGAUAUCAAGCUCUUCUGGUUGUGAAAGAAAUUGGAGCGGGUUUGAAGGGGUACACACUAAGAAGAGAAAUAGGCUUACUACAGCCCGCCUGAAUAAAUUGGUCUAUAUUCAAUUCAACUCCAAGCUGAUUAAUAAGAAAGAAAAGAUCAAGUCAAAGAAGAUCAGUGAUGUUCUCUUGUCUAAUGAUACAACUGAAGCUCAAGGUUUUCUGCAUGAGAAUGGAGAUGAUUGUGCAUUAGUUGUCUAUAGAGAUGAGGAAGAUGAGAUGGAAGGUACAGGGAUACCUUGUCUGUUAUUGGAGAUGCAAUGGGAGCAGAGGAACAACUUGAGCUGCGUAGAAGUGCAAGAGUGA